GGACAGUCGCGGCUCUAUCGGCCGCCAGCGCGAACCACGUAUCCCAACGCGAUCAAUACAACCACACAGUAUUUAAAUAAAUAAGUCCUUUAAGCUGGAAUAUAAACAAGUAAUAAAACAACUAGUUAUCAGACGUGUAAUAGUUCAGUGUUUUCGAUUUUAACAUUCCCUAUGCUGAUGCGGUCAUCACCAUAAACAUGGCGACCAUAGCAAACACAUGAUCGCCGACAAUCACGAAUAUACAUCUGGUUCUAUACUUAUCAGCAUGGUGAAUGUUAAAUUCGAAACGGUAAAUAAUUUGAGCGCGAGCCACAACUCAAUAAAUCUUUACACGCAUAAUACUUUAGCUUGAGUCAAAUGUAAGGUGUAAUUUUAAAUAUUAUGUUGAAACAGUGGGACCGUAAAGUUAUAUGAGUAAAUGUGUUUUACCAAUUAAAUCAUAUCUAUGAGGUGAAACGAGUUUGACGAUGACUUCCCUCAAGCAUGGAGUGAACCUGAGUCGGCGUGCAUGUAGGCCUUACAUCAAGUUUUUGGCUGCUGCUGCUUUCCUAGCUGUUGCGGUAGCGAGUCCUAUCGAAAGCACUACAAAACAGAGUCCGUCCAUAACAGUCGAUGGGAUCUCCACGUAUCCAGGGCUCGGUUUCGGGCCUAUGGGCCCGGUGGCUCCGAUGCCAGGAGAGCCGCCAGGCACUCAGCUACGACAACAACAGGAAACGACGACGGAAACCACGACCACCGCCAAACCAAAGAAGGAAAGGACAUUUGUUAUAGCAGCCGUGGAAUUCCACAGAGUCGAGACCCCGUUUCUAAUUGGCGUUUGGAUUUUCUUUGCCAGUCUCGCUAAAAUAGGGUUUCACAUGGCACCAAAAUUGUCUAAAAUGUUUCCGGAAUCAUGUUUGCUUAUCUUUGUUGGAGUUUUAAUUGGUGCUCUUCUUUUGAGUACUCACAGUGUCCAUGUUCAGCCGCUCACACCUGACACGUUCUUUCUCUACAUGUUACCGCCAAUUAUAUUAGACGCUGGAUAUUUUAUGCCUAAUAGAUUAUUCUUCGACCAUCUCGGAACUAUUCUGCUGUUUGCCGUAGUUGGUACCGUGUUCAAUACUUUAACAAUAGGUGCGUCUUUAUGGGCUUGUGGUCAAACUGGAAUGUUUGGAUGUACAACGCCAUUACUGGACAUGUUGUUAUUUGGAGCACUGAUCUCUGCAGUGGACCCAGUGGCAGUUCUUGCGGUUUUUGAAGAAAUACAUGUCGACGAAGUACUCUAUAUCGUUGUAUUUGGAGAAUCGUUACUUAAUGAUGCUGUUACUGUAGUAUUGUACCAUAUGUUUGAGGCAUAUACAGAGAUGGGUGCAUCUCGACUUAUGUAUACUGAUUUCCUUGCUGGAUUUGCAUCUUUUCUGGUAGUAGCACUUGGUGGUACUUGCAUUGGUGUCAUAUGGGGCUUUGGUACCGGCCUUGUAACUCGCUUCACUAAUGAAGUGAGAGUUAUUGAACCCAUUUUUAUAUUCGUUAUGGCAUAUUUAGCAUAUUUAAAUGCUGAAAUGUUCCACAUGAGCGGAAUAUUAGCUAUCACAUUUUGCGGGAUAACAAUGAAGAACUAUGUGGAAGGCAAUAUAUCGCACAAAUCACACACAACCAUCAAAUAUACUAUGAAGAUGUUAUCGUCUUCAUCGGAAACAAUUAUAUUCAUGUUCCUCGGUGUGGCGACUGUCAACAACAACCAUGAUUGGAAUACUUGGUUUGUCUUAUUGACCAUCGUUUUUUGCUCAGUCUUUCGCAUAAUAGGAGUUUAUAUAUUUAGUGCAGUAGCUAAUAAGUUCCGUCUGCACAAACUCAAUACUGUUGAAAAAUUCGUCAUGUCAUAUGGAGGUCUUCGAGGCGCGGUCGCAUUUGCUUUGGUACUAUUAAUAGACCCAGAAGUAGUGAAACUUCAGCCAAUGUUCGUAACAACUACGAUUGCAGUCAUAUACUUUACGGUAUUCAUUCAGGGAAUAACAAUAAAACCACUUGUGAAGAUAUUAAACGUCAAAACUGCAGAGAAGAGAAAGCCAACGAUGAAUGAACGUAUACACGAGAGGUUCAUGGAUCACUUGAUGGCGGGCAUAGAAGAUAUAUCGGGAAAACAUGGUAACCACCACAUGCGAGAUAAAUUUAAGAGAUUCGACAAUAAAUUUAUAAGACCAUUCUUGCUAAGGAACUAUCAGGGAGCUGAGCCAAAGAUUCUAGAGACUUAUUCAAAGCUUGCUAUGAGAGACGCCAUUGAAUACAUGCAAAGGAAUGCCUCGACCAUUGGGAACAUUUCCGGCGCUGAGUCAAUGUCAGCAAUCUUUAAGAAUUAUACUAAUUCUAACUUCAAUGGAAGAAAAUGUUUCAGCCCGAGUUUUACUCAAUUAGAUUCAUCAACUUGGAAUAUCGACAUGCAGGAAUUGGAAUAUAAUCCGUCCAAAAAGGAUUUAACAGACGCUAGAAUUCACCAUUUGCUUGCUGAAGAACUAUGCAAACCAUAUCGACGCCACCGUCGUUUGAGUUACAGUCGACAUGCCGUAAACGAUCGUGAUUUGGGCACACAGGUUAACUACAAAACGCAUAUGAAUAUACGCAGACUAGUGGGCGAUCGCAAACACCACCAUAAGCGCAGUAAGAGAGGCAAGCAAGAUGGAAAAAAUCAUGUAACUUUCCCCGAAUUCCAGCAAAACGGUUCGGCCAAACAGUUCACGCACGGUAAAAAAAAAUAUUAUAGAUUAGACUACAUUGAUGAAGUAUUGCAAGAGGACGAGGAGCAGCCACGUCGUGAGAAUGAUGAUGGCGGUAUAACAUUCACUGCAAAAUCCCCUGGAUACGAUGAAGUCAGUCCAACGUCGUCGCAUAAAGAGAAUAGUAGUUCUCUUCUAAAUCAAUUGGCUAACCUGCCUGGCUUCAAUCCUCUGAAAGCGAGAAUCGUAAAACAGUACGCUAAAACACCUGAAGAGAUACUGCCGACAGCUGUUGAGAAAUCUUUACCGUGGAGAAGGGACAGAUCCACGUAUAACUUCGUUCCCAAUGAAGACAUUCUUGAAGAAGACGAGAGGCGAAUGUCGGAUGACAAUGACACAUAUAUGACAGUAGCGGAACAAGCCCGCGUCGCCACUCCGACGGCGACAGAGACAAUGUUACCAUGGAAACGGGAGGAAGCUGAAGGGACAACCGCCCUUAAGCAAUCCGAGUUCCCCUCCUGGGCAUCGAAUAAAGAAUACUUAGCUUAUAGCUCACCCUCUGCCACUUUUCUAGGCGGUAUAGAGAAGCCAAAACACCCAAAAUCUAUCAUAGGUCUUUUCCGAAGAGAGAGUUCUAGUUCAACGCAAGCUGCAGAUCUACCGAUUGCCUCUGAUUCGGAAGGAAAAGCUGAUUCUAUUAAAGGUGAUAGUUCAUCUAUGAAAGGAGAAUCUUUAUACUCACAACCGAAGCAAGGACCGAGUUUGCUGUCGAAAAGAAGUACAAGUCUCGGUGGCCCCUCGGUUCUACUCAUGGAAGAUGUGGCUCAUUCAGAUCCUCUUGGUGCAUCGUCGCGACCGGCUAGUAUUAUGCAGGGACCACAUCGAGGACAAUGUAGACGCGGAUCGAUGCUGGAACUGACGGGAUCUUUGUCACGUGAUGCGAUAACCGAAGAGAAAUGCAGUAAAUCAUUGCCUGAGAGUGAGCGAAUGGGAGUCCGACGACUUGCUCUGGGUCAGCAGAGUUUACCCAGGGAACCCUUCAAUCGCCAGCUCACCAUGGCCUCUAAUCUUCUCACGAGCUCCUCGUCUGACGAAUCGUCAGAUGAGAACACCUGAGUGCGCCGCCGUGGUAACCAAGAUAGGUUGCCACUGCUUAAAUACAGAACACUAGAGUAGGUGCUGAAUCUCAAGAUUUCUUUCAUAUUUUUGUAUGUAAAAGAAUAUUUUGUGAUCAAUCAAAGACCUUUUGGGCUGAAAAAAUUUGACGCACAGUACUUUAACGAUCUCUGUCUUAAAUAUUUACAUAUUAUGUUUUAUCGUGUAGUGACGAUUGAUGGAAACUUUUCAUAAAAAAACAAUUAGUCAACAAUAUGUUUUUCGAAUCGUUUAAUUUUUGUUUGUAUAAAAUUAACAAAACCAAUUUAUGCAGUUAGGCUCAAAUGUUAGAACAUUUUUGAGAGAACAGUAUUACUUACAUACUAUGUAAUUUUAUAUUUUUAUUUUUUUAUCACCAACCAUACGAAUCAUACCAAUAAAACAAAAUGCUGGUAGUCAGUUCAUACUCUUCAGUAUUUUUCUAUGCUCUUUUAAUAAAUAUAAAUUUUUCAACUGGUGAUAUUCUUCAAUCAAAUAAAAAUAGAUAAUAAUAUUUAUAUAGAAAACAGUAGGUAAUUUUAAAAAAAGUAGCGCGGUUUUCGAAUUGUUUUUAAAAAUGGCAACAAUUGCCAAUGACAAUACAUAUAUGGUUAAGUGUGAUGUAUAUAUAAUAAAUAUUAUGUAGAUAAUCAUUGUUACAUUAAAAUCUCAUAAAUCUAUAAUAACUUCUUAAUAUAUACUGACACAGUGACUGAAUCCAAACAAAUAUUGUUGAUUUUUUAUAGAUUGGCCGCAAAAACAAAAUAGUCUUUGUAAUAUUGCAUAAUGCGGUAUAAAAACCUACUUAAAAAUUAUGUUUUACGAAUAAAGCACAAUGGUUGUAUCUAAAUAGUGUACCUUGAGUGAAGAAAUGCAGUUACUUGUUACCUGUAUCAGUUACAACAUUAAAUAUGUAUCAAAUGAGUCCCUGUAAUUAAAUAAGGGAAUGUUUAUAAGGGAUCAUUAUUUUCGCUCUAAGGUACGGAAUCCUAAAAAGUAUGUUAAUAUUACUGUCAUUGGCAAUGUGACGUCACAAUGUUAGAGAUCUUUCUUAAGUUAGAAAUUAAGCUGAAUAAAGUGCUUGUAAGUUUGAAAGAAUAGCUAGUUAGUCUAAAAGUUAUAUUGUUGCCAUUAGAAAAUUUAAUUGUGUACUUAGAUCAAUUAAGAAACAUUUAUAAAUACAUUUAAGACAAUUAGUACAAUAAUAGAGCUAGUACCCAUUACAUUGUUUUUUUCUUAAUUUUCGUUCAAUAUAUCUAUUGUCCGAGUUUUAGUCUCAUGGAGAGGCCUAAAACAAUUUUAUUUUAAAACAUUUUAGGUACAUAUGAAGUUGAUAUGUGUAAGCUUAAAACCUAAAAUAACACAUUUUAGUUGUCGCUCGUGUUUAUUUUAUUUCCAUAAAAAUAAGUUGAUUAAAUUAAAUUAACCACAAAACCUACGUACACCAAGGCUAGUGACGCAAAAAUACACGAAAAAUGAAAUUUAUAAUAUUGAUUUAUUUUUAGUUGAUUGGAUUUAUUUUACUAAAAAGUUUCAACAGACAACAAAUAUAAUGUCUUUAUAUUGAAUAGUAUGCUUUUUUAAUAUGAAUAUAAUAUUGAAGUACUUAGGUCGUAUGCCUGUGUUGCAUGACAAAAACAGCACGUAUAAAGUAUGGAGGAAUUAAUAUUUUAUUUUACUUAUUGUCAUCACGGGCGUUGUGAUAUUUAUUGUAAAUAGUGUUCUUAUAUUAUGUAUUUAUUCUAUCUAAGUAAAAAUAUGUUAAUGCGUAGAUAAAAAGUUGAAAUAUAGAUAGAAGUUCGACAAUAGUGGUAGUCUUAAUUUUUUUAACACCCGAUGAUUUUCGAAUUUCAUCGAAUGUAUCUAUUUAUUUUGUUUUAAAUACAGUUAUAUCCAAGCUUGUAAUUACAAUAAAGUAUUUAACGUUAUAUUAUGGCUACACUGAUAGAUCUAAAAGUGUUUUGAAUCUAGAAGUACGAAAUAAAAAAAUACGAUCAAGACUAGAUGUAUUGAACUUAUUUUUUUUAUUCGUCAAUUAACUACCUACAAGUGAUCUUUUUAUACGAUUUUACUGUUCUCCGUCUUCGUAUUUGCUACUUUUUUGUGCAAUGGUUAUAUUGUAAUAGAUUGUUUUAUUUCAUUUAAAGUACUUAGAACCUUUUUUGUAACAAACUUAUUCGUCGUGUUCAAUUUAACAUUAACAAAUGAAGUGUUACAUACAUUUGUAAAUUUUAUUAAACAAAUUUGUAAAUAAAAAUAAACAAUUGCUUUAAGCAUAAUAUAGGUUUUAAAAUUAAUUACCGGUCGCACUUAAUAUUGCUACAAGCCAUUUGAUAUGGUCUUAUUAAACAUCUAAACUAGAAUAUUAAGUGUACCUACUUAAUAUCAAUAAGCUUUUCAUGAACUAUGGUGUGUCAAUUGAAAAACAAAUAGUGCCUAGCUUAGAUAACCACAACUCAUUGUUCAAAUGAUCUUAACAUUAUUGUACUAUCAUAAAUAAAUUAAUUAAACGAUAGAAUGUAAAGCAUUUCUUUGAAAUAAAUGAUAUGAAUUGAA